AUGACCAUCCUUGGCCUUGGCCCUGGCUUUGCCACAACGGUUGCGAAGCUUGAGAGGAAUGCACCAGCGGUGGGAGUGGGCACAUCCCCAAGAGUGCGCUUUAUCCAGCAACAAGAGGCUCUUGCGGCACUCGCGGCUUUCUCGCAAUACGUCCACGUCUGGUACCCAAUCCUCCGUCCGGGAUUCUCGGAGCGCUAUCUCACCAUCAUUUCGGGGCCUUUAACCCCCGGGGCUGAGUCGUGUCUGGUGCUGCUCGUCGCUGCAAUUGGCACGCUUGCCCAACAAGACGUCGACCUGGGUGGAUCAUGCAAUGACGGCAGCAGCGAACUGUUUCUCGAAGCCGCCAUGGCGUCUCUACCUCCAGCGCUCACCGAAAACAGCAUCGAGAGUGUCCAGUGCAUGGUACUUCUCAGUAUCUACCACUGCUGCUUGUCCAAGCCUUGCCAGGCAUAUGACUACGCCAUGGUUGCCUCGUUUAAGGUUCAGAAUCUCCUCAAGUAUGUCGAUGCAAGCGACGGAGAGUUAUACGAGCACACGAAGCGGGCUUAUUGGGCGACAUUGCUUCUAGAAAGCGAACUCCGCGUACAGUUCGAUGUAGUUGCCAGUGGUAUUUGGAACCACGAUGAUCACGUCGCGUUGCCCAACAGCCGCCGCGCAUGGCAGUUCGAUUUGGAAGCCGGGUCGCCUCAGGGCUCGAUAACCUCUCCAGCAAGCAUCGUGUCGGCGGAAGCGACCCAGACCGAUCAAACUCAGUCAUAUUUUCUCGCAGAAAUAGCCAUGAGGCGCAUGCUGCACCGCUGCAACACUGCCAUCCGCAGGACGUCACGAGGCGGCAUUAUCUACGCUCCAAAAAUUGCACGAGAGCUGGAACUGCAGCUGGACGAGUGGUAUGACUACCUACCCGAGACCGUACGCUUCCAACGGCUUGAACUCAACGACGUUACACCGUCGCCUGAUUUCGCAUCAGUUGAGCCGCUCGGCAACUUUCUCUGCGUCCAGUACUACUGCUGCAAACUGUCAAUAUACUGGCCUGCAGUAUACCAGUGCAUGGAAGACGGCAUUGCCACGGCCGAAGUGGUUGAACACUGCGAGCGGUUUUUUGACGCCUACAUGCACCUAAUGCCAAGCUUGCUCAUCUGCAUUCGCCACUGCAUCGUCAAUCGCUGGACACUCUAUGCUUCCAUAUUCAUGACGUCGAUGGCAGUUAUGCACGCGUCUCAGAGUGAAUACCUCAGGACAAACUGUGUGGUCGACUGGUCUCGACUUCGCGCUUGCCUGGAAUCCACAAGUUCGGUGGACAGACGAAUUAUUGACACCAGCCCCUCACUGUCAUUUUUGGGUGAAGCACUGUUUGGGCGAGUGGCAGAAUCAUGGUCGUAG